UGAGAAACCUUCCUACAGAGAGGACAGAGGGAGAACAAUCAUGUCAGCCUCCUGCAAGCAGCUCUUGUUUCAGGUCCUCCUGCUUCUCAUCUCCUGCAGACACAUCAAUACAAAAUCACCUGGCCCAACGCCCCCGCCACUGGUUCCCAUCAGCCCCCUGCUCACACUUGAAAGGAGCGUUGUCUUCAAAGGCGUAAAUCACACGGAGAAAAUUGAACUGCUGAACCCCGUCAGUAUCACACUGGAGUGUACCUGGACCGGCAAUCACAACAAACUGCCAAACAUAACUGGGUUCUGGACAAAAGACGAGCAUGAAAUUGAGAACAGCCGCCUCACAGUGCAGCUGGACAAUGAGCAGUAUAAUCUCAAACGAGUGUUCAACAUUGUCAGUGAAGAAAACCUUGGAAAUUACUCGUGCGUGUUUGGGAGUGAAGCCAAAAUAGACUAUGUUUUGGCAGCUCCACAGAUUGGUGAGGUGCGAGAUAAGCCGAUAGUCAGCUAUGUGGGCGACUCUGUGGUAAUUCCAUGCAAACUGGAGGAAACCAAACCGAAGCCCAACUCCUGGAACUGGUAUAGAGCGAAUGGAACAGACAAGGAGCAGAUUUUGCCUGCUGCAGAGCCUCACCGCUAUGAAAUCAAAAGUGAAGAGAGGGAGACCAAACUGCUCGUGCACAACCUGACAGAGGCAGACUCUGGCAUGUAUUACUGCGGCGCAGUGUACGCCAUCAGCACCGCGAUGGGCCACGUGAAGCUGAAGGUCAUCACCUUCCAAGAGCCCCUGAAGCCCUUCAUAGCCAUCGUGCUCGAAGUGAUCGUCCUGGUCGCCGCCAUUCUGCUCUACGAGAGAAGUCAGUCCAAGAAAAACUACACGGCAGGAAAUGGGACGAAUGACCAAACUGACACACUGACACAGGGAGAAAAUAACGGAUCAGAGGGAAGUUCAUCAAUGAGACAACGGAAAGUUUAAAGACUGUAAUAACUUCAACCCAGCAGAUCCGAGCUUCUGUAAAACUGUUUUUUUUUCCCAAAAAGUAUAUGAACUAUAGAAUUUAACAGCAAUAUCUUAACUAUUUUAAGAAUAUGUUCACCAAAUAAUUUGCAAUAACCACUUAAUGGUCAUUCCUUUGAUUCUUACACAAGUAGCCUCUUUUAUGUAUGAGUUUCAGUUUUCACUUUGUUUCACUAGGAGACAUGUUUUUUUAUUUUUAAUUGACAGUUGUGGCAUGAUGAUUAAGAGUAUUUACCUUUUUUUCUUUUUUUAGUCAUGAACCCUGUAUCCCCUCACUUCCUGUGGAAACCUACACGUCACUAUGCCUUCCUCUCUAAAAGGAAGUGUAUUUACAUCUUUCUGGCAAAAACUUUAACCUCUUCGCUUCUGUUAUCUAUGCAUUAUGUUUUCUGAGCCGUGCCUUACACUCUUAGAAAGGACCUAACCAUUCAUUUUGUGCUUGCAACCACUUUUCUGUCACUUUUUAGAGUUUGUCCUCGCAGUAGUGUGUGCCUAACAUGCUUUCCUUAAUAACAUGUAUGUCAAGAUAUAUCAUCAUAUAUGCAGAUGCUUGUCUUGCUUGUGUCGAUGUACCAGAAGGUGGUCAGGAAGAUGAUCUUGUCUCCUAACUGUGACUUCACCUGUGUGUCCCGCAUUGUCAGCCUUCACUUAACCUCAAAGG